AUGGCGGCUGCUCACAAGUCUCUGCUCCUCCACUUCAUCCUGCUUUGUGCCACAUUUUUGUGCCAUGGCAAAGACCUCUACUUCAACGACAAUAAAAACCUCGUCCUCCCAGGGUCGUACAAUAUUCCGUGGAUGGCAGGCAUUGAGAAUUUCCGCACUCUGUCACUCAUCACAAUCCCCGGCACCCAUGACAGCAUGGCUCUGUACGGAGGCCCGGAGGCCGAAUGCCAGGUCUUGUCCCUGAUGGAUCAGCUGAGGGCCGGGAUUCGCUUUCUGGAUCUCAAAGUGUUUGCGCUGGGCGACACCCUGUACGUCAUGCACGGGGUGAUGUACCAGCACAGCACCUUCAAGGACGUUCUGGACACUGUUGGAUCCUUCCUGUCAGAGUUUAAGACCGAGGCUGUGCUCAUUAGGGUGCAACCGGAGUCUUUUGAGAAGAAAACAGUCAAUGAGAUGGUGCAGAGUCUGAUUGGUAAUGACCAUAAUGUGUGGGUGAGCUCUGGAAUGCCAAAUAUGGGCCAGGUCAGGGGCAAAAUCGUCUUUUUGCAGAAAAACACCUUCACACUUGGAAUCCCCCUCAUAAACACGAUUGGUAAGGGCAGUGAUAAGGUUAGUCACAUUAAAGAUAAAGACAACACAAUAAUCAAACAACUGAACGAAGCCACCGAGGCCUGCGGGGGUGAUAACGCUGUGUUGACCUACACGAGCGGCACCGGCUUCGGUACCUUCUGGGGAAUGUUUCUGACCCCAAAGAGAGUGGCUGAAAAGGUGAACCCAUGGCUCAACCAGUACCUGAGACAGUUUUACCCCAACCAGCCCCGACCUUGCUUUGGUAUCGUUGCCAUGGAUUUCCCGGGCACUGACCUUAUUCAAACUGUUCUCAGUUUAAACUGGUGGUAG